CCGGCCCGUGGCGGGGUCGGGACGCAGCGCGGGCCGGCCGGGUGGGUGUCCCGGCCCUGCCUCCACGAGCUGCGAGGCCCCGGGCCUCGGCCCCCGGAUCCCAGGCGGCGGGGAGCAGUCGAGGCCUGGGGCCACAGCGGGGACCGAGCGGGGCUGGGGGACGCUCACCUCCCUGGAGCUGCAACUCAGGGUCGUCCCCGUCUGUGAAGAUGAACGUCUAGGGAAGAGGCGGCCGUGAGGCGUCAGGAAGCGUCCCGGGGACCCCUCAGGGCGGCCCCAGCCGGCACCUCCCGCCCCCGCCGGCCGCGCUGCGGGGUCCGGGCCCACCUGCCGGCGGGCGCGGGAGAUCCAGGGGGCCGUGGAGCCCAUGCAGAUUGACGUGGACCCCCAGGAGGACCCACAGAAUGCACCCGAUGUCAACUACGUGGUGGAGAACCCCACCCUGGAUCUGGAGCAGUAUGCAGCCAGCUACAGCGGCCUCAUGCGCAUCGAGCGGCUGCAGUUCAUUGCUGAUCAUUGCCCCCCACUGCGGGUGGAGGCCCUGAAGAUGGCGCUCUCCUUUGUGCAGAGAACCUUUAAUGUGGACAUGUACGAGGAGAUCCACCGGAAGCUUUCAGAGGCCACCAGGGAGCUGCAGAAUGCACCUGAUGCUAUCCCUGAGAGCGGUGUGGAACCGCCACCCCUGGACACGGCCUGGGUGGAGGCCACUCGGAAGAAGGCCCUACUGAAGCUGGAGAAGCUGGACACAGACCUGAAGAACUACAAGGGCAACUCCAUCAAGGAGAGCAUCAGGCGCGGCCAUGAUGACCUGGGUGACCACUACCUCGACUGUGGGGACCUUAGCAACGCCCUCAAGUGUUAUUCCCGGGCCCGAGACUACUGCACCAGCGCCAAGCACGUCAUCAACAUGUGCCUGAACGUCAUCAAGGUCAGCGUCUACUUGCAGAAUUGGUCUCACGUGCUGAGCUACGUCAGCAAGGCCGAGUCUACUCCUGAGAUAGCCGAGCAGCGUGGGGAGCGGGACAGCCAGACGCAGGCCAUCCUCACCAAGCUCAAGUGUGCUGCAGGCUUGGCUGAGCUGGCCGCCCGCAAGUACAAGCAGGCUGCCAAGUGCUUCCUGUUGGCUUCCUUUGAUCACUGCGACUUCCCAGAGCUGCUUUCCCCCAGCAACGUGGCUGUCUAUGGUGGCUUGUGUGCCCUGGCCACCUUUGACCGGCAGGAGCUGCAGCGCAAUGUCAUCUCCAGCAGCUCCUUCAAGUUGUUCUUGGAGCUGGAACCACAAAUUCGAGACAUCAUUUUCAAGUUCUAUGAGUCCAAGUAUGCCUCAUGCCUGAAGAUGCUGGACGAGAUGAAGGAUAACCUGCUCCUGGACAUGUACCUGGCCCCCCACGUCAGGACUUUGUAUGCCCAGAUCCGCAACCGCGCCCUUAUCCAGUACUUCAGUCCCUAUGUGUCUGCUGACAUGCACAAGAUGGCCAUGGCCUUCAACACCACGGUGGCAGCUCUGGAAGAUGAGCUGACGCAGCUCAUCCUGGAGGGGCUCAUCAAUGCCCGCAUCGACUCGCACAGCAAGGUCCUGUACGCCCGGGAUGUGGACCAGCGCAGCACCACCUUUGAGAAGUCCCUGCUGAUGGGCAAGGAGUUCCAGCGCCGCGCCAAGGCCAUGAUCCUGAGGGCGGCUGUGCUGCGCAACCAGAUCCACGUCAAGUCCCCUCCCAGAGAAGGAAGCCAGGGGGAGCUGACUCCUGCCAACAGCCAGUCCCGGAUGAGCACCAACAUGUGAGAGGCGGCCUCCCGGCUCCAGAACGGUCUGUACACCCCUUCCUCAUCCCUGUGGACUUGGCUCCUGGCCCUGCCUGCUUACCUUCAGAGAGGAGGCUGAGUACUGUCUGCAGCUAUCUGAGGGCCUGGCCAGGGAUGCCAGCCCCUCCACCCGUCUGGAAGGAGGGCCUGCAGGGCUCGACCCCUCAGGUUUCUGUCCCCAGGAGUGGAUUGCGCAGCAUCUCCCAAACCCUCCCCCAUGUGUCGUGUGGGCUGCAGGCGAGGUGGUGACGUCCCACUGCAUUAAAAGCAGACUGCA